AUGCUGAAAUUCCACGAGACUGCUAAGUGUGUGAGGAGACCCGAAGCCAUUUCCAUGUGCCCAGCCACUUUGAUUGCAAGAAGAUAUGUUCUUCAGCAGAAACUUGGCAGUGGAAGUUUUGGAACUGUCUAUCUGGUGUCAGACAAGAAAGCCAAGCCUGGAGAAGAACUAAAGGUACUGAAGGAAAUCUCUGUUGGAGAAUUAAAUCCAAAUGAAACUAUGCAGGCCAAUGUGGAAGCCCAGCUCCUCUCCAGGCUAAACCAUCCGGCCAUUGUCAGAUUCCAUGCGAGCUUCGUGGAGCAGGAUACUUUCUGCAUUAUCACAGAAUACUGUGAGGGCCGAGAUCUGGACUAUAAAAUUCAGGAAUAUAAAGAAGCUGGGGAAGUCUUUCCUGAAAAUCAGAUAGUAGAAUGGUUCCUCCAGUUGUUGCUUGGAGUUGAUUAUAUGCAUGAGAGGAGGAUACUUCAUCGAGACUUGAAAUCAAAGAAUAUAUUUCUGAAAAAUAAUCUACUCAAAAUCGGGGAUUUUGGAGUCUCUCGUCUGCUAAUGGGUUCAUGUGAGCUGGCUACAACUCUAACUGGAACUCCCCAUUAUAUGAGUCCUGAGGCCCUGAAGCACCAAGGCUAUGAUGCCAAGUCUGACAUCUGGUCACUGGCAUGCAUUUUAUAUGAGAUGUGUUGCAUGGAUCAUGCAUUUGCUGGCUCCAGUUUCUUGUCUGUGGUUUUGAAUAUUGUUGAAGGCAACACACCGUCACUCCCUGACAGAUAUCCACAAGAGCUAAACAUCAUCAUGGAACGCAUGUUGAACAAGAGUCCUUCAUUGAGACCAUCGGCUGCAGAAAUUUUAAAAGGUCCUUACAUGGAAGAACAGCUUCAGCACCUGAUGUGUAAAUAUCCAGAAAUGACACUGGAAGACAAGAACUCAGUUUGUCAGAAGGAGGCUGCUCAUACAAUUAAUGCCAUGAACACAGAAUGCAAAAUAUAUGAGGUCGUGGAGGUUUCCACGGUCCAAGGAAAGUGCCAGAAUCAUGAGAUCCCAGAAGACCCACUUGUUGCUGAACAGUAUUAUGCUGAUGUAUUUGAUUCCUGUUCUGAAGACAGUGAGGAGCAGGAGGAAGAAAUGGUAUUCUCAGAAGCAGGGGGAGAAAUGAGAGAGGAGGAAUCCCCAUCUGUGUACCGAACAAACCAACAGGACAGUGAUACUGAUGCACUGGUUGGAUGUUUGGAACGUGUCCUGGGUUACACCUCUUUAGACACAAAGACCAUUACCAAUGCAGUGGCAGAUGUGUCUCCUGGACCAACGGUUUUCAACAGUGCAGUGGCUCGGACCAAGAUGAAGCGCAUGAAGGAAUCAUCUGUACAGAAGCUAGGAAUGGAAACAUUUGAGGAGGUCUAUGAUUACCUCAAGAGAGCAAGGCAUCAGAAUGCUGGAGAAGCAGAGAUCUGGAACCAUCUGGAGACGGUGGUUCCUCGGGCCAGUGACUGCUUUGAAGUUGACCAGCUCCUCUAUUUUGAGGAGUUGUUGUUGAGUACAGAAGGAAAAGAUCCCACUCUCCAGUACCUGCACUGUGAAACUGCCCAAAUGAAGCCUGUCAAGGGCACACAUUUCUGUGAAAAUUCAUGA